AAUAAUAACAAACAUGGCGGACGAGAAGCGCAAAAGUUCUUCUCUAAAAAAUUUGCUCGAAACUGUUUACGAAGUACACAGAAAAGAUAUUAAAACAUAUACAAGUGGUCACCUGAACUCUAGUAAGCUCUUGAAACCUCAACACCAACGCCACGCCAAAUGGGAGAGUUCAGAUAAACCUCCAGUAAGACUUAAGUCUCCUAGCAAGCUUGUUGAUCUUCCAGUGAGAAGAGGUGAAUUAAGUUCUACGGAACUCAGACACAAGACAAUGGCAGAUCGCCUGGUCGAGUUUAGCCUGGGGCCAAUCAGAAAUAUUGCACUUAACAAAUCAGAAUCAGGACCAGAUUUAGCAGAAGAUUUUGAUGAAACAGUUAGGAAAAAAGAGGGAAAAUCAGACAAACCUACCAAAGACAAAACGUAUGUGGAGGAAUUGCAUCUGCCUGAGAUAAUGAUACCUGUAAUGAAAAAGAAAGAAAGCUCUGGAGAAAAAUCAAAACCAGAUGACCAGCACCACACAUUUGUGAAGACUUAUUUGAGCUAUCCUACCAAGGCAGACCAGUUUGAAAGCUUUAAGAAAUUUGGUGACCAGGUCAUGAACCUAGGAGAUGCUCAUGAUCGAGGUGUACUCACAGGAGAAAGGAGUGUUCGAAAUUUGGAGCAUAGACUGGCAAAGCAACUGGCUUCUUUGGAAACCUCAAGUCAGAAAGGACCAAACUUUCAUAGACUGCAGAUUUAUGAUAGAUGUUUGGCUGAGAUUAUUGCAGAAUCUAAGACAUUUGGUCCUCUUCUACAAAGAAUCAAAGAUGAGUAUGACAGUUACUUGACAUAUUUGUUAGACACACAAAAGCCGUCGCAACACAAAGUGCUUUAUCAUCACAUUAACAGCUUCUCAGAAAAUGCAUCCACCUCAGACAAACUUAAAGCUGAAGAGAAAAGAGUUGAAACUCUGGAAAGAGAAGCAAGGAACCUCCUGGAAGAGAAUGCCAGUUUGGCCAAACUUUUGAGAGAAGAAGAGCAAAAAGCUGCUGAAGAUUUGAAAGCUGUUACAGUUGAACCUCAAGCCAAAGUGUCAGUCCAUAUUGAAGAAGUUCCCAAGGACCUUGAAGAACAAGUAGAAGAUUUACAUGCACAGAUUUUGUCCCAGUUGGACUGUAUUGACGACAUCAAGAGACAUCAGAAAGAGUAUUGCAUACCCAUCACUGUCUGUCAACAUCUGGAACAGUGCGUUAAGGAAACUGAGGUUGACAUACAGAAAUUACUCAAGCAGAAUGAAUUUCUGGAGCAAACAAUCAAGGAGCUUGAGGAAGAACUGCAGUCAAUGCUAGAUAGGUCAAAAGUUCAAGAAAUAGAUGCCAGAAAAUUGUGGAGAAGAAUCAACACAAGUGAAGUUGUUCGUCUCAGCAAAAAAGAAAGAAAAGAUAGUUUGAAGUAGCAGAGGAAGAGAAGAAAAUAAUAAAAAGGAGAUACUUUUAUGAAAGGAAACUCUAAAAAUGUAAACCUUGUACACAUAUAUAUUUAUUGUUUUGAAUAUUAAUAGUAUUUUACAGUGUAUAUAAAAAUGACUUACUGAACUCUAAAUCACAUGACCUGAGCUUAAUAACUGUACAACUUGCAGAAACUUUUUAAAAUAAAAUAGGAUAACAACUGGCUCCAUUAA